AUGAAACUUACUAGAUAUAUCAAUGGUAAAAGUAAAGAUACACCUUUAUGUAUCGCUCUUCUUUGUUCACCAUAUGAUACAUGUGACAAUUUCAACCGAACAACUGAUAAAUGUUCGUAUAUUUUACAUGUACAUUUCGAUGGUAUCGAUUCAUUUCCUGGCGUUAUAACUAGUGCUAAAUUGAUUUAUGCAAUACCUAUGAAGUUAAAACAUCAUGAGAAAGAAAAAGGCUUCAAAGAAGCUGCUGAUAUGUGUUUUCAAGAUUAUGAUGAAACAAACGAAGAUGCCACGUUCGACGCAAAUGAUUGUAACAAGCAUAUUGAAGAUUUUAAUAAAUACGCCAAUGAAUUAUCAAAAAAGUUAGCGAAUUGA